AAAAAUACGAGUUUAGAGAGCAGUUGGUGUAGGAAUUCACUUGUUUCUGCGGCAAAUUAAAGUAAAAUAAAUAUAAAAUGUCGAUGAUUUCUGCUCGUUUGGCUUCAUCGGUCGCACGCACCUUGCCGAAGGCGGCCGCACAGGUUGCUUGCAAGGCCGCGUACCCAGCUGCCACUCUCGCUGCCCGUAAAUUCCAUGUUGCCAGCACACAGCGCAGUGCCGAGAUCUCCAGCAUCUUGGAGGAGAGAAUUCUGGGCGUUGCACCAAAGGCCGAUCUUGAGGAAACUGGCCGCGUGCUGAGCAUUGGUGAUGGUAUCGCUCGUGUCUAUGGCCUGAACAACAUCCAGGCUGAUGAGAUGGUGGAAUUCUCCUCUGGUCUCAAGGGUAUGGCUCUCAACUUGGAGCCCGACAACGUCGGUGUUGUCGUCUUCGGUAACGACAAGCUCAUCAAGCAGGGCGAUAUCGUCAAGCGUACCGGCGCUAUUGUCGACGUGCCCGUUGGUGAUGAGCUGUUGGGCCGUGUUGUCGAUGCUUUGGGUAACGCCAUCGACGGCAAGGGCGCCAUCAACACCAAGGACCGUUUCCGUGUCGGUAUCAAAGCUCCUGGUAUCAUCCCACGUGUGUCUGUGCGCGAGCCUAUGCAGACCGGCAUCAAGGCCGUCGAUUCGUUGGUGCCCAUCGGCCGUGGUCAGCGUGAGUUGAUCAUUGGUGACAGACAGACUGGCAAAACCGCUUUGGCUAUUGAUACCAUCAUCAACCAGAAACGUUUCAACGAUGGCCAGGAUGAGUCAAAGAAACUGUUUUGCAUCUACGUUGCGAUCGGUCAGAAGCGUUCCACUGUUGCCCAAAUGUUGAAGCGUUUGACCGAUUCCGGCGCCAUGGAUUACACCAUCAUUGUCUCGGCCACUGCCUCCGAUGCUGCCCCCCUGCAGUACCUGGCCCCAUACUCCGGUUGCGCCAUGGGCGAAUACUUCCGCGACAAGGGCAAGCAUGCUCUGAUCAUCUACGACGAUUUGUCCAAGCAGGCUGUCGCCUACCGUCAAAUGUCUCUGCUGCUGCGUCGUCCCCCAGGUCGUGAGGCCUACCCUGGUGAUGUGUUCUACUUGCAUUCUCGUCUUUUGGAGCGUGCCGCCAAGAUGUCGCCCGCCAUGGGUGGUGGCUCCCUGACCGCUCUGCCCGUGAUUGAGACCCAGGCCGGUGAUGUGUCUGCCUACAUUCCAACCAAUGUCAUUUCUAUCACUGACGGACAGAUUUUCUUGGAGACCGAGUUGUUCUACAAGGGUAUCCGCCCAGCCAUUAACGUCGGUUUGUCUGUGUCCCGUGUCGGAUCCGCUGCCCAGACCAAGGCCAUGAAGCAGGUGGCUGGUUCCAUGAAGCUGGAGUUGGCUCAGUACCGUGAGGUUGCUGCCUUUGCUCAAUUCGGCUCUGAUUUGGAUGCUGCCACCCAACAGCUGCUGAACCGUGGUGUGCGCCUUACUGAACUGCUCAAGCAGGGUCAGUAUGUGCCCAUGUCCAUUGAGGAUCAGGUUGCUGUCAUCUACUGCGGUGUGCGCGGACACUUAGACAAGAUGGAUCCCUCAAAGAUCACCAAGUUCGAGAAGGAAUUCUUGCAGCACAUUAAGACCACCGAGCAGGGUCUGCUGGACACAAUCGCCAAGGAGGGCAAAAUCUCCGAGGCUGCUGAUGCCAAAUUGAAGGACAUUGUCACGAAAUUCAUGGCUACCUUCCAGGGUUAAGCAGCAACAGUAAUAGUUACAGCAGCAGUAUGUGGUUAUAUCGUAGAUAUGAAGCAGCAAUUACCAACAGUUUGCAAAAUAAAUGAAAAUUAUUUCUAAGCCGAAAGUCACGUAAUAAUUGAAUGUUGCCGUCAAAUUCACAUAAAUCAAGAUGAGAACAACCUACACCUAAAAAUUAAGAUGAUACAAACAAAAAAAUUAUAAAAAACAGAAAACGUUUUCCGCAUUCAUGUUUUCCUUGAACGUUUCAACUGCGGAGAUGAACACGUUAAUGCCAUUUCUGGGAGAGAGAGCAGAGAGCGCACGUCUUUCGCAGUGCCAUAACAUCGGCAAAGAAGUCUAUCGAAUUUCAGUGAAUUGAUUUCCUGUCCAAUUCUUUUACAUCAUUAUUGUUUCAACUACAUAAAUAUUAAUCAAUAUUUGAUAUAUUGUAAUCACGAAUAGUCGAAAAUCUGAGGAUGAUUGUGAACGAUGAAAAUAAACGAUACUAAAUUAUACACUUAAA